GGCGGGGGGAGAUCGGAGAAGGAAAGUGGGACGUGGGCGGUGAACAGCGUCAUCGGUCUUUCUUCUCCGCAUGUCAACAUCCACUGGAUACCACGGGAUAGGCCGUUACUCAACAUUCUUCGUGCUAAACAUUCAAUAUCCCACUCAUGUACGACUCGUACUGCCCCCACCUCCUCCUGGCCCAGGUGCCUCUAACCGUUUCGCCCUUCAUCAACCUUCCCGCCUCGGUCACCCUGCCCUAUACCUACAAAUCAGUUCCCUCCACUCUCCCACAAUCAGUCCUGGUAGGCCCAGGCAACCCAGAUGCUAAACCGCGAUACGUAUUCUCGUCCAGCGGCGAACAUGCAGCCCAUCCAGACGAGAUCCUCGCUGCCUGCCAGUCACUCGAACAGCACUUGAAGAAGACCCGCGCUGAUGCAGAGGCUGCUAUUCAAGCUUGGGAGGAAUCCAUCCGACAGCGGGAACUUGCAGAAAAGCGCCGUGUUGCGCCGGGAUGGCUUGAUCGAGAUGAGAAGCUAUUGCAGCCGAGUAGAGCGGCAGGGGCUUCCGUAUCAAAGGCCGACGAGGGUGGAAGUCUGCUGGACAGCACUUCCGCUGAUCAGGGCUCAUCUAGCCUGCCAGCCAUGGUGCCGCGGGAUGAGGGGGAGGAGUUGGAUCGAGCAUUUGGCGGACUGGGUGUGAAAUGAAUACUGAAGUAAUGCUGCGUCGGCAUAUCUUCUCAAUCACAAGGCAUCGUGUCUAUGCCAUCACCAAGGUCUCUCCUAAAUUUUGAGCGGGAUUAGUACUUGACAAAACCACCUUUGGGUGUUGAGGCAGGGGGAAUGUCGCAGGACUGAACAUCAAGUAUACCAUACCGUCACGUGUUUUCUCAAUGCCUACGCGCAGUGGUAUGAACUAUGCAGGUCGAUAGAUGGCGAUCACUUUACAGCCAGGCAUCUUGACUUUAUGACCGCUUCUCUGUGCGGCUCAAGGUCUCGUUGGACUCGGCUCGCAUGUCUCAUGGUCGCCAAGACCGACUUGGGGGUUUCAAAGCAUCCGCGACUCCUACAUUCCAUGCAUUCCAGCCGUCAGUGGCCUCCUGUCAGCUGAAGUGAUUACUAUACACUAGAUACCUUGGUAGUAAACAAUUGCCCGGCUUUGGUGAUAGAAUACUGUUUUCUUCCUGAUUAAGCACCAAUAUCAGUUCAGUCUCAUGUGCA